GCCCCGGCAGCCGCGCGCCGCCCGCGGGUAAAAGUUGAUCCUGAGUCAUUCCUCUGCAGAUGAACCCGCCACUGACUCAUCCGCUGCCAGCCGCGGGGCCCGGCCACAGGCAAGCAGGAAGACCUGAGUGCUUAUGCUUUAGCUGAAUCAAGACCGAUGCUCAGCAGUGGGAGAUAAUGUAUUAAUCCAUUGGAAGCACAGAGUGAAGUCUCACAUAUUACUUUGCGGUUUGUGUUGUGAAUUGGCUUUUUCAUGUAAAAAGAUUUUUCUCUCUUAGAGCAUGGACACCAGUAAAAAACCUGACCCCCCUAUAUCAGUAGAGAUGGUCCAACAAAGGGCAAAUCCUGAUCGUAGCCCUGCAGCAUCGAUUUACGUUCCAGAACAAGGUGGUUACAAAGAGAAAUUUGUAAAUGUAGUGGAGGAGAAGUACAAAUGUGAAAAGUGUCGCCUCAUUUUGUGCAAUCCCAAACAGACUGAAUGUGGACACAGAUACUGUGAAACCUGCAUGAAUGCCUUGUUAAGUGCUUCUACUCCAAAAUGUGCAGCGUGUCAAGAAAACAUAGCUAAAGACAAGGUAUUUAAGGAUAAUUGCUGUAGGAGGGAGCUUCUUGCCCUUCAGAUAUAUUGCAGAAAUGAAAACAAGGGCUGUAAAGAACAAUUAACCCUGGGCCAGUUACUGAUGCAUUUGAAAAAUGACUGCCAGUUUGAAGAACUUUCAUGUCCUCGUGCUGAUUGUAAAGAAAAAAUACUGAGAAAAGACUUGCCAGACCAUGUAGAAAAGACCUGUAAAUAUCGAGAGACGACAUGUAAAUACUGUAAAAGCCAAGUUGCAAUGAUUACAUUACAGAAACAUGAAGAUACAGACUGCCCAUGUGUCAUGGUUUCAUGUCCUCAUAAAUGUAGUGUUAAGACACUCAUGAGGAGCGAGUUGAAUGCACAUUUGUCAGAAUGUAUUAAUGCCCCAAGUACCUGUAGUUUUAAGCGUUAUGGCUGCACUUUUCAGGGAACAAAUCAGCAAAUUAAAGCACAUGAAGCCAGCUCGGCAGUGCAGCAUGUUAACUUAUUGAAAGAGUGGAGUAAUGCUCUAGAAAAUAAGGUGGCCAUGCUCCAGAAUGAAAGUUUGGAAAAGAACAAGAGUAUACAAACUUUACAUAAUCAGAUUUGUAGCUUUGAAAUAGAAAUUGAAAGACAGAAGGAAAUGCUGCGGAAUAAUGAAUCUAAAAUACUUCAUUUACAGCGAGUGAUUGACAGUCAAGCAGAGAAAUUGAAAGAACUGGACAAAGAAAUCCGUCCCUUCCGACAGAACUGGGAAGAGGCCGACAGCAUGAAGAGCAGUGUGGAGUCCCUUCAGAACAGAGUGACAGAGCUGGAGAGCGUUGAUAAAACCACAGGGCAAGGAGCACGAAAUACUAGUCUGCUGGAGACGCAGCUAACUCGACACGAUCAAAUGCUGAGUGUUCAUGAUAUUCGGCUGGCUGACAUGGACCUUCGAUUCCAAGUUUUAGAAACUGCCAGUUACAAUGGAGUAUUAAUUUGGAAAAUUCGAGAUUAUAAACGUCGAAAGCAAGAAGCCGUGAUGGGAAAGACGCUGUCUUUGUACAGCCAGCCCUUUUAUACUGGAUACUUCGGCUAUAAAAUGUGUGCCAGAGUUUACCUUAAUGGUGAUGGCAUGGGAAAAGGGACGCACUUGUCAUUGUUUUUUGUCAUAAUGCGUGGAGAAUAUGAUGCAUUGCUUCCUUGGCCAUUCAAACAGAAAGUGACUCUCAUGCUAAUGGAUCAAGGACCGUCUCGCCGUCACUUAGGAGAUGCUUUCAAGCCAGACCCAAACAGCAGUAGUUUCAAGAAGCCUACUGGAGAAAUGAACAUUGCAUCUGGUUGCCCAGUCUUUGUGGCUCAAACUGUUCUAGAAAAUGGAACGUAUAUUAAAGAUGAUACUAUUUUUAUUAAAGUCAUAGUGGAUACAUCGGAUCUACCAGACCCCUGACAUAUAGCCAGGGAGACAGAUUAAAGAGAAGACAACUCCAUUUGGGGGUUUUAUAUCAGUUUGUCUUCAAUCAACCGUCCUAAAGCUCAGAGAACCACUUUGUGGAACAGAAGGAAGAGUUUGAAGGCAUAACUGCUUAGGGUCCAAUGGCGAAAGUAGCAACACAUUAAGAAAUCAUACCAUGGUAUAUUUUUUAAUAGAACUAGCAACACUUAAACUCUGAAGAAUCGUUUAUUCCUCGUGAGGAUAAUGAUUGCGGUCAGAGAGGCUUUUUUUUUAAAUUAUUAAUGAUCUAGUCAUUUGGAAGUGAAAAGACACAUACAGUAUAUGCUGAAUAAAUUACUUGACUUUUCUUCCUUUAAGCUAGAAUACAAAAAAAGUUCACAUGUGGGCUAGAGGGAAACUGUCAGCAUGUUAAGUAAAAGAAGAAAUGAUGAAGUAAUGUUUCAAUUAUGAUAUUAUCACUUUGAAAAACUAAGUGCAAUCUUGUCUGAAAUAUAGUAUAUUGUCUUUUUAAGGCCUCACCUGGUCUCUGUUUUAAUAAUUACUUUGUCAGAAGACCUUGACAAAUAUCCAUGUCUUCUUAAAAUAUCUAAAUCAGAAUCAUAUUUUUAUUUAAAGUUCUAUUGUUACAGAAAACAUUUUAUUUUACAACUGUUGAUAGACUGAUAUUUCUUGGAAGAAAAAUAGAAGAUAUCAAAACACUGGUUAUCACUUGUGAUAGGAAACGAAACUAUUCAACUAUUGCUGUUAUUUCUCUUUAGAAAUGUAAACCUACAAUAUAUGUCGUAGUUAAUGACACUAUUUCAAAAUUAAGGAAAAAUCACUCAUGGAUGCUGUGCAUCAUUAUCAGAUUUAUAAUUGUUUUCACCCUAAACUAGGGCAUUUGUUGAACUUUGGAGUUCUAAACGGAAUCCUGUACAUUUUUUUAAAGUUCUGCCCCAUGCUUUCCAAUCAAGCUAUAUAUAUUGCUGACAGCAUAAAUGUGCAACACAUAGUAUUUGCAGUAUUGGGGAGGAGGUGUAAUGUUUAAAAAAGAAAAAAAAGCCACUCAUGAUCCUGUAUGUUCAUUUUGUACUAGGAGUCAUUGCUUCUUAUUGAGGACAUAAUUAGCAAUGUCUUAAUGGAGAGAUGGUGGCUUGCAUGCAUACAUGUGCCUUAGGUGUGAUGUGCUGCUUAUAAACCAUAGCUUUUUAUUCAGAUUAAUUCUAAUAUCUGAAAUGGUAGCUUAACUGGACUUCAGACAUAAUGUGUACCCUUGUCUUCAGAGCCCUUAGAAUUUGCAACAUGUAAAAUAGAAGCCAAAGUCCAUUUUUGGCUACCGGAGCUUCUAUGGCUUGACCAUGGUGGAAUCCAUCUUACUCAGGUGCCAAAACUUUAUGCACAGUGCUCCUAUGGAGCUUGGACUUUGAGAACACCCCCCCAGGCUAACGUGAAGGAAGGAGUCAUGCUUCCUCCCAUGCCUACGUAUGAAAGGUGGCUGUACUUUGAAAUGGCCCGUCUGAGAAUGCUAAGAAGCUGUUAUUGAAAUCACUCACAGAUGGUAGUGCUGACAAGUGUCUUAGCACAGGUUCCUUCAUCAUAACUGCCUGAGCUUUAGUGGAAAGCAUUUCCCAGCCCUGAAUCAUGCUGGCUGAUUCUUCCUUUUUUAAUAGUCUGAGACAAGUUAACUUAGUGGCAUAACCUGACUAUAUAUCAGCCAUUUGGUGCUUCUUAAUAUCCGAGGUAUGCCUCAGUGGAGAGAACUGGUACAAAUAUGUUCUCUUUUCCCUUUUGUGAACCUUGAAAGGGAAUUGCACGCCUCAUUCUUGGCUGUCGGGUUGUGUCCAUUCAGUUUUCCACUUCUGGGGGCAUAGCCACAAUUUUCAUUGAGGGCUCAGUUGAAUUCAUGCCUUUGUAGUUCAGCUUUGUCUUUGUUGCCAUUGUCUUUUAUGGCUGUGCCUUCACACGCAGUGCCUGCAAGAAGUUCUUACAAAUAUACAGUGCAUGCUGAGUGGUCUUCAUGGGUUUUCCAGGCACCUGCCACAAUACUGCCUGCUUCUUGGCAGCCAAAACAUUCAGUAGCAACUCGUCUUCCUUUUCUUGCCUUCCAUUGUCCAGGUACUGUAUUCCCUUUAUGGUACAAAGGUGUCAAUAGGUGCAACCUAAUAUAUGGAGGCAUGUGCUAGUAUUUAAUUUCUGGCACAGAAGGAGGACUUCUGCAGAAAAAAAACAUAUAUGGCACUUGCAGUUUCACGCAGGCUGCAUAUGUAAACCCAUCACUUAUGCUUUAGGGUAAGGAUUUACUUGACUUGUGUAUCAUUCAGUAGCGGCGAAUGUAGGCAGCUGAGCUUUUGUGUAUGUGCAUCACAGAAUUUUACUGAAAACAGGAUUCCCAAGUGGAAAUGUCCAAAGGACUCUUCUCCCAUUGCGAAUGCAUGUACUGCAAAAUUUAAAUGAGAUCGUAUGGCCAUGUGAAGACAGUUUAUAUCCUGUUUUGAAUCUGGGACUGGAGAGAUGGGUAUUAUAAUCUGGGCCCAGUGUGUUCUGCAUAUCUGUGGUUGCAGACUCCCACUUUUGCAAUAGAAUUGUGGUCCUGAAUCCAGGCUUGUAUUUUUAAUGGCUUCUAACCCUUGUGGUUGAUAAGAGAAUUUGAAAAUAUGAGCAAAGUGCAAAAUAAUAAUGUAGUCUUCCUGAGUCUGCAGAAAGCCUAAAACAGUAGCUCUAAAAGGUCUGAAUAGCAUAUCGUAGUGGGAUAUUCACUUGGAAUCUUCUGAUGAAGAUUAAAUGUCAACAUGGUUAAUAUUUGACUGCUGAUCACUGCAGCCGAAACAUCAGCCAGCAUUGGUGAACUGCAGAUCUCAAACUGCUUUUCGUGCCUCCCCAAGUGCCAAAAGCCCCAUCUGCCAAAACAGCUAGGUUCACUUGCACAGCUUCUAUAAUGCUGUAACCUGCUUUCAGUACAAAUGUGUUUUGGCAUGUGCAUUGUUUGAUAUCAAAAUAAAUAAAAUGGAGGCCUACUAGGGUUUAUUAGUAAUUUUAAAAACUCUGUGAAGCUGGCAGAAGAUCUUCAGGCCUCCUGCAUACUGCAGAACCCAGGAAUCUUAGUUCAAUUUUCCAUGUAGCCUCUUGUGGAAUACGCAAGGCCUUGACUAAAAUCUUUCAUUGCAAAACCCACUGAAUAUCCCUAAGCUGUGAGACUUAUAUUGCAUAUGCAGAAAUGCAUUCCCUCAGCUUUCCAGUAAUGAGUAUGUAGCAUUUAGUGAAAAUAAGACCAUUCUCUAUAGUCUAAAUAGAGGUGAAAAGAUGCAUUGUGCUUCACUCCUGGGGACUGGGUAAAAUUAUUCAAUGUUUUUUCCCCAAAUAUACCUUUUAAAAAUAUAUUUCUGUCCCAAGUAUUUAGAAAUCUUUUGGGGACCUUGUAUAAUCUGCCCUCAGGUACACCCAUGAAACCCCAUUAACUUCUGGAGUUGCAUGAGUGCACUAGAGGGGUAUCACAGCAUUCGUGUGACAAUGUUUAUAAUAACCAUAGAGAAGGAUUCUUCAAUAGCAUCCUGUCAUUAUCCACAGUUUAGUUCUCCUUAGUAAUGCACAGCCAAGUGCAGUUGCUGUUUGUUUUAUACUAGUGACUCUCCAACUUGAUGUAUAAGCAUCUCCCACGGCUAUCUUUACAUCUAGUGAAAGGGUCUUAUAUACCGUAAGUUGGAGGUUGCCUUUGUGGCUGUAUAUUACCAAUAAUACACAUACGUUAUUUACAGUCUCAAAUUUUAAACAGGAUGAAACUAUUUCAAUGUUUAAGGACUAAUCUGAGAUCCUUAUGCGUGACCAUGCCUGCAUUGCUUCUUUAAUCUUAGUAAAGGAAUCUUGUUUCAGCUGUUGUUGACAUGGUACACCUUCACAACUUUUAAGUCGAAGCUGACUUAAAUAUGCAAUGUUGAUUUCAGCCUUGUACUGUAACUUUGUUGUUCUUCUCAAAGAGAAUGUGCAAUAGGAAAACAGAAAAGGAUGGCAUAAAUUUAACAAUAGUGACGUUUAAUGGGUGACAUGCUAGCUAUCUUAUACAUAUGAGAUGCAGUUUAAUUCCUUUUCCAAAUUGAUUUUUCUGUUUGGAAAAGGAAAGAUGAAGAUAGGAAAUGUGCCUGUUUCUGUGCCUGGUGAAUCUCUCAAAUAAAGGAUAAUGGAGAUUUGUGUCAGUUGUAGCAGGUACUGAACCCCACCCAUGCAUGUUAGGUUACGAUUGUAGUGCUCAAGUUGCUCAACCUGCCCUGAUUAUGGCAUGUUGGGACUGAGUUUAAAAACCACCUAUUUGUAUCUAUAUCCCAUCAUGUGGAAUAGGCGUUUCACAAACAAUGCAGUUUCUAGGAGUAUUGGUUCUGUCCAAUGCUAGACAGAAGUUUGCAGGGAAUUAUCAGAAAAGUAGCAGUCUGUACCUCGUGAUAGUAUAAAACGUUACUGCAAUCUUGAUGCCUUGAUCUGUGUUAACUAUGCAAAUAUAUAAAUAGGUGGAAAGAAAAAGAUAUUCAUUAUAAACCUAAUCUCUUAGUUUUCACUGUUUUAAAAAUGUUUAUAUAUAUAAAUAUAUAUUCCAGGUUUGUCCAUCAGGCAAAGAGUCAUUUCUUUAUGUAGAAAUUAUUAAAAUAACUCCAGCCCUCCAAUUAUUCCUGGUCUAGUGGUGCCAAAUAUAUUUUGCUGCUGUUACGGGAGAAUUGUGGAUAAUUGCAAACCUUGGAUUCUCUUUCCAGGUUUGUAGACCUAGCUAGCCCACUGCCCAUCACAGCUGCCUCGUCUCACCAAGGGAGCUUACUGAGUCCUCCUGAAAACCUUAUUGGAAAGUUCUGUGGAGUGACAACUAGGUCACAUGUCUUUCACUUGGUUCAUUCUCCUUUAAAGAAAAAUUGGUGGUGGACACCUUGUUGGAAAGGAUUUGUUUUAUAAUUUGAAAACCUAAAACAGUGGUAAAGCAGCUGGACCUGUUCCUGGCUUUCUUAUAGCUACUUCAGCCAAUACCUCUUGGCUCUGGUUGAUUUAAAUUCCUGGUUACUUUGGUAAAAGUCAGCCUCAAUUUUUGAUUCUUAGUGCUUUGUCCAGUACAGUGAGCACUUUUCAUCUACAAGGCUCUUUACAACAGUAACUAAUCCUUACUUAUAUUCUACAGAUGGGUAAUUGAGGAUGAGAGAGUUUAAAUCACUUGUUCAGAGCCAUAAACAGGGUUUCUGUCGGAGCCAGGAUGACAUCAGAGGUUCCAGUUUCCUCGUGCUGUGCUCAAACCACUGGACUGCAUGUAAUCUCUAAAUGGAGCUGAGAGAAGUGAAGUGACACAUCUUGAAAACCCAUAGUCAAGACUGAAAGGGCUAGACUUAAACACACAAUCUGUCAUGACUUGGGGGCAUAUGUAUGGAACAGCCCACUUGUCCACACCGUACCAAUUCUCUGCUUCACAGGACUAACAACUGGUGUAUUGAAGGGAUAGUACAGCACUCGUGUACAUAAUAGCAGACAAACUCAACUUCCGGUUUCUGUUUGUGGGAUAACCCAGUAGAGUAAGUCGAGUCUUUCUUUUGAUGUUGCUCACAUCUGGGCAACUUUGUAAAGUGAAUUAAUUUUGGUUCUCUUGGCCGAUACUGUGACCCUUUCUAAAUCUGUUUUGUUCAGCCAAAAAAACAGAGGGCUUAACUAUUCUUAUUUCCUGCCUUCUAAUCCAAGUUUCAACUGAGAAGAGCCAGAUGGAGGAGGGUUAGGGAGAAUUUUUGGAUGCAAGUUUAGGAGCAUCCUAUAAGAUUUAGAAGAGUUGAGAGAUACAGCACACAAGGGGUCUGUUUAUUCCUAUUUUUCUUUUAAUUUAUCAGCAAGAAUGCAGCUUUUGUCUUCCAUUUCAUUAUCUUAGUGUUGAUACUAGGCUGUAUUUUUUCCAAGUUAGGAUUAGUUCCUUAGGGUUCAGAUAAGAUCUAAAUUUUCAUGGAGAUGCACCUGACUCGAAAUCCCAGAUCAAAACAUCUCAAAAUGUUUGUGAAGUUUAGGUCUGGAUUCCAACUCUGUGGCUUACUUAUCCACCCUUUCAGGGAAGGGUUUACUGUUCUAGUUGUUUGCUGUUCAUGUUUUGGUCCUUUGGAACUAAACUUUUAAUUUGGUUGCCAGUUCUGCAAGGACUUUUUAACUUCUUUAACAAUGCCAGUGUCUACACGCACCGUUGCUGGCAAUGUGAUGCGUAGUGAUAAAAUUUGACUCUGUCUAAGGGUUACUGAGAUAAACCAGCAUAUUACCAUCUGUAAAGGUCAUCCUCCUGCAUAGUGUUCUGAGCUUUGAAUUCAGGUAUAGCUCUUGUAUGAAGGGACACAUUUUCCAACUAUGACCUGCGUCACUGGCAGAGAGUUGUAUAGUCUGUACUUGUGGAAUGGAAAAAAAAAUCCAGCUUUUAUCAUUGCUGAUGUACCAUACCAUCCAUAUGUUUUCCUUGUAGGCAUUGUGUUUAUAUUACAUAACUUUUGGGUUUUAUAGAGUAAAAAGGGAAGGUUCAGGAUUUCUUAUAGAUGAUAUAAAAACUCCAAUGACUUAGUGUUGACUAGAGAAUGUGAAGAACAUCCCAUUUGGAGAUGAUGGGCUACAGGAUAAGUCCAUUUAUCUUAGACAAGUAGGAUAACCUUAAGAUGCACAAAAUAGCAUACUAAUUGGAAAAUUAAAAAGCUGAUAUUGUUUCCAAGAAAUUA